GAAAAAAAGGGUCUUCACAUUUUCAUUUGUGCUAAUGCAUUUCCCUUGACUAAAAGGAAUGGGAAAUGGGGACAUUGUCAUAGCUCGGGAUAAGAGCAGCCCAGCCCACUAUCUAAAGUUCCAAGCACCCACUUUGGGAAAGUUGUGCUAAUAAGGAAAAAGUUUAAAACAGAAAGAAAAAUCCAUUAAUAUUUCCGGUUUUUAGUUUAACAGCAUCGACUUGCCGAGACGGACUAGAAGGAAUCAGUCUGGGUUUCCUACUUCACUUAGGCGUUGCUAUUUGCUAAUGAUCGGUUUUUUCUUUCAUUUAAAGGUCUUGUUUCAUCAAUGAAUUGCUGAGAAAUGAUCUGGGUUUCUGCAGCUUUUGAGGAUGGUUGAGUAUUGAGAGAGAAAGAAAGACUUUUUUUCCUUCUCUUUUUAGUGUAGAUUUGAGGAAAGCUGUUGACUGGGUUGGUUGUAGAAGGAUGGUGUUGGUGUUAGCAAUAGGGGACCUUCAUAUUCCUCACAGGGCACCUGAUCUGCCUCCAAAGUUCAAGUCCAUGCUUGUUCCUGGCAAGAUUCAGCACAUCAUUUGCACUGGCAAUCUCUGUGUCAAAGAAGUUCAUGAUUACUUCAAGAGUCUUUGCCCUGAUUUGCAUGUUACUCGAGGUGAAUUUGAUGAAGAUUCCCGUUAUCCAGAGAACAAAACACUGACAAUUGGUCAGUUCAAGCUUGGGAUAUGCCAUGGUCACCAGGUCAUUCCUUGGGGGGAUUUGGAUUCACUAGCAAUGCUUCAAAGGCAAUUGGACGUCGAUAUCCUUGUAACUGGUCACACCCAUCAGUUCAAAGCAUACAAGCAUGAGGGUGGUGUUGUCAUAAACCCUGGCUCAGCCACUGGUGCAUACAGUAGUUUCACAUACGAUGUAAACCCAAGCUUUGUGCUCAUGGACAUCGAUGGCCUGCGCGUUGUGGUAUACGUGUAUGAACUAAUUGAUGGUGAAGUUAAGGUUGACAAAAUUGAUUUUAAGAAGACAGCCACCACUCGCUCAGCACAGUGACCUGUUACUUCGAUGAUGCUUUAGCUGUUUGGGCUUUGCCCUGGUCUAUUUGAACCAACUGUGAGAAGUUCCUGGUCUGUUUGAACCAAUUGUAGUUAAUAUGCUAGAGAGGCUUAAUUUCUUUUGUAUUUCAAUGGGGAAACAGUUUAAAGAUUAUAGUUUGAGAUCUAGUGUAGAAUAUAUCUCUCUUUUUACCUA